UGCGCCGUUCCGUGGGCGCGCCGGGCCUGGGUGCGGGGCCUCCCGCGGGAGGGGGCGUGCGCGGGGCGGGGCCGGAACGUCGGUCUCCGGGGCUGCGCGCGGGCCGGCGCAGUUACCCGCCGCGCAGACCAUGGCCGCGGCCGCGCUGGGGCAGAUCUGGGCACGGAAACUUCUCCCGGUCCCUUGGCUUCGGUGUGUACCCCAGAGAUAUGCAUCCUCCAGCUUCAAGGCUGCAGACUUGCAGCUGGAAUUGACGAAGGAGCCUCGCAGGAAGCCCAGCCCCACGGAGCCCCUGGUGUUUGGGAAGACGUUCACCGACCACAUGCUGAUGGUGGAGUGGAGCUCCGAGAAGGGCUGGGGCCCGCCCCGCAUCCAGCCCUUCCAGAACCUCACGCUGCACCCAGCCUGCUCCGCACUCCACUACUCCCUGCAGCUCUUCGAGGGCAUGAAGGCCUACAAAGGCGGUGACCAGCAGGUGCGGCUCUUCCGGCCCUGGCUCAACAUGGAGCGCAUGCUGCGCUCUGCCCGGCGCCUCUGUCUGCCGAGCUUCGACAAGGCCGAGCUGCUCGAGUGCAUCCGCCGGCUGGUGGAGGUGGACAAGGACUGGGUCCCGGGCAGCGCGGGCACCAGCCUCUACGUGCGGCCUGUGCUCAUCGGGAACGAGGUGGGCCGGGUGUUGCGGGGGCGGGGAGGGGGCUCUGACUCGGGGGGUCCUGACACCCCCUCCUGCCCACGGCAGGCCUCGCUGGGGGUGACCCAGUCCUCCAGAGCCCUCCUGUACGUCAUCCUCUGCCCAGUGGGCUCCUACUUCCAGGGAGACGCCGUGAGCCCCGUCUCCCUGCUGGCCGACCCCACCUUCAUCCGGGCCUGGGUGGGUGGGGUCGGUGACUGCAAGCUGGGGGGGAAUUACGGGCCCACCGUGUUUGUGCAGCAGGAGGCAAAAAACAAGGGCUGUGAGCAGGUGCUCUGGCUGUACGGGCCUGACCAGCAACUCACCGAGGUCGGCACCAUGAAUAUCUUCAUCUACUGGACCCACGAGGAUGGGGUGCUGGAGUUGGUCACCCCCCCGCUGGACGGUGUCAUCCUGCCUGGCGUGGUCAGACAGAGCCUGCUGGACCUGGCGCAGGCCUGGGGUGAGUUCCGGGUGGUGGAGCGUAAGAUCCGCAUGCCGGAGCUGAUGCGGGCGCUGGCCGAGGGGCGCGUGCGGGAGGUCUUCGGCUCAGGCACUGCCUGCCAGGUCUGCCCCGUGAACCAAAUCUUGUAUCAGGGCCAGAAGUUGGAUAUUCCCACUAUGGAGAACGGUCCCGAGCUCAUCCUCCGCUUCUACAAGGAGCUGAAGGCCAUCCAGUAUGGAACCAAAACCCACGACUGGAUGUUCCAGGUGUGAUGCUGUGAGGGGCACCCCCGCCUGGCUGCAGCCCCUCCUCAAGGCCGGGCCCCUGCUCCCCACAAGUGACUACCUGAAGUGCAAUAUGAAGGCUGGGGGCAAGACGCCUGGGUCUCUGCACCCUACGUGGCCGCCACACUCUCAAAGCCAUAAGGGCAGGACCCAGGCGUCUUGGCCCCUCCGCCAUUCUCUCAGGCCUGGGGCAUCGGGAUCCCCGCAGCUCCAUUCUAUGGGGUGCAAGGUCACACCUUGGCCCCCAGCUCCACCUCUCCAUUUUCGGGCCUGGUCUCACAUUGGUGCCGUUGAUGUGUUUGUAUGUGUGUGUGUGUGUGUGUGUGUGUGUGUGUGUGUGCGCGCACAUGCGUGUGCUAGCUCUCUCAUCUUGCUGCAAUUUUGAAAUAAAAUGCCAAAGAACAAGGCA